AUUUGUGUAAAAUACUUAUUUUAACACACAGUCAGAUAACAGUUAAACUGUCCAUGUACUUGGCACUGACAGAACCAGUUAGAGCCGGUUAGAACCGGUCAGAAGCAGUUCUGGUACCAUCGUUGCUUCUUCUUUUCUGAGGUCACUGCCAGCCUAACCUCAACUACACAGGGGUUAAGCCCUCCAAAGAAGACGUAGCUAAAGACCCAUGAUGGAGAGAUGCAGCCCCCCAACCUCUCCUCACCUGUUCUCAACCUCCCCUCGCUGCUUCAGGAAACAUCCCAGGGCUUUGGUCCUUCAGCGUUCACACAUGUCAGUCAACUCUUCCUCCUUCUCAAACGCCUCCCAUAUCUCAAACCGCAGAAGCUUUCUUUGCUUCGAUUCGCCAGAUGGAACCUUCGCCUUCCUCACCUUUGCCACCGCCAACUUCCUCCUUCUCCUUCCUCUCUCCAUCCUUGUUAUCCAUGUGGGAUUCCAAAGAUGGACGCUGCAACGAUCCACCUCUUCGACAAGAGUGACAAGCCACACCGACGUCUUCACCUACCACAUGGUGGCCAUGGAGUUCUUCACCCUGCUGGGAUCUGGCCUUUACUGCGUUGCUGAUUUUUUAAGAAAUGAGCAGAUAAUGAUAGCUGGGUUUUAUUUGUUUUCUAUAAUCCUACCUGGUCAGACAAAUUUUCACUGCAUGACUUGCAUUGAGCGCUAUGUAGCUGUAGUCCACCCAAUCACCUACCUGGGCCUGAGAAAGACGAGUGGGGUCAGGAUCAGAAAUAUCAGCAUAGGCUGUGUCUGGCUGUUGAGUGUUGGAUGGAUGCAUGUGACUUACAUCCACUUACCAUAUCUUGCUGUAAUCCCCUUGUUCUUAUUUUACACUGUUUCCCUGCUGGUCAUCUCUUUUUGCAGUCUUUCUGUCCUCUGGGCUCUCAGGCAUCCAUCGCCUGGAGACAGAUCUGGAGACAGGGUCAGGGUUGACCAAUCCAAGCAAAGGGCCUUUCACACCAUUAUGGCUAUAAUGGGAGUGCUGCUGCUUAAGUUUUCUGGGCAUCUAAUUUGCUUGGUUAUAUAUAGGUCUACUGUUGCAGUGGGUAGGGAUCCGUGUUUUGUCCUCAAAAGCUCCUUCUGGUUGAGCCUUCCCAGCAGUCUUGUUUUACCUUUGCUGUUUUUACAAAGAGCAGGCAAACUAACAUGUUGUAAGAACAACACUGCAUCAGGACAAGGGUCCAAAUAGGGCAUCUUAAGUUGUAUCUUAUCUUUUUAUUAUGUCUUAUUGUCCCUCGUAUAGAUUUGUAAAAUUCUUAACGUAUCUCAGCCUGGUGACUUUGUAAAGCCUCAAUAGGUUGUUUGCAAUAACGUCAUGCAAGUGACGUGUGGAAUUCAAAUGGGAGUCAGGAAGUAAAUUUCAGAAUGGACUUAACCAAGGAAAGCCCGUACUGUGCAGCUCUAGACACCGUAAUAAGACAGAGAUACCCACAAAAAAAUCUGAAUUAUGUCAGAAGAGAUCUUCGUCUCAUGAGGACUUCCGAUUUUUUUACUGACCCGAGCUUAUUUCUGAAUGUGUCUGCCGUUGACAUCACUAACUACCCCGUCCUCCAGACUUCAUUUUACACCACCGAGCAGAGGAAGGUGUUCAAAAGCCUCCUGGCUCACAAUCUUCUUGAGUGGUCGGGUCCACGACCUGGGUAUCAAGGUGCUCAACAACGAUUGUCUUUAGGUUUUCUCCAGGGUGAGUGUUUUUCAAUUAAUUUCCAACUCAGAGAGGAUCAUUCUCAGUGUUCUCUCAUUUCCACUAACGUUAGUUUACUUACCGCAGGUUAACCCUCUAAAGGGUUCAGCCAACAGGAGUUUACUUAAACAUAGACAUAUAUAUAUACAGCAUACGUACAUUACCUUCACUCACCCUGGACAAAUUGGUCACCACACACACAGGCAUAACCCGACUUUGCUCCUCCUGACCAUAAACAAAGGUUUCCUCGUUUUUCAGAGGGUUUUUUGCAUUUUCCCCCUUGAGAACCACAACCUUUUGGACACGAUAAACACUUGUCGACUUCUCUGUUUGUUCAGUUAGGGAAACCGAAACAAACGCAAACCGUAGGCAUUUUUCUGUGUUUAUGUGUCUGCGCAGACUGCUGCAGAUCACUUCCUGACCCCAUCUACAUUUUACCGCCACUGCCACGCAACGGAAAUGACGUCAUAUGCAAACAACCUAUUCAAACCUCUGUCUAAAAUGCUUCAUUUUGGCCAUUGCCUCUGUUUUAUUCUCCAACCAGUUUCACGCCGCCAUGUUGCUGCAAAGUGUUCCUAUGGAACUCGAGUCACAAGAAGCGAGAAAACAAGUAUGCGCAAAACUUCCUUUCACAGAAAAUAAAUGUAAUUAAAGCCGCCAGCUACAGCCAUUGCUGUGCUGCAGUAAGAGGUACAAUCUACAUGACCUUAAUGAAUAGGUAGAUGAGGCCUAGGCCUAAACUGUGAGCAUAUACCUACGUAGUUUUAACACAGAGUUUGUUGUAGGACUGCUUUGGACCAGGUAGGGCUAUAACUUAAAUGAAGGCAUCAUCUGCCAUGUCUGAAUUUUGGGCCACGUUGAGGCAUGCAAAAUAUGAGGGAAAAGCGGCAUAAGAAAGAAAGAAAGAAAGACUGAAGAAUGAUAAUCUUUAGGGUUCCAAUAUGGCCUCACUGCCACUGGGUGUCGGUGCUCAGGACCUAAGUAGAGUAUACAUCGCUGUUUAAUGAAAAAAAAAAAGAAAAAAAAAAGGACUUGGCAGUUUUAUUCAGAUCGAGCCAUUUUGACAAUAUUGAUGUCAUUAGAUGUGGUCAUGCACACCCACCUAGUAAGGAGUUAUUCCCUCAAAAUAAUUCAAAUAUUUUUUUCUGAGUUGGACAGUUUACAUCUUCAUGAAACACCCAAGUCUCCUGUCUAGGUUGUUUGAUUAUUAGGACACAUGUAAACAGGCAGGUGUUUGGCCUCAACGACACUAUAUGAUUUGAAUAAGUACUUGUUUUAAGUUACGACUGAUUUGAAUUCUGUCAAACAUCCAGUGUCAACAUACAUACCGAAAAGAGAAGUUCAGCUUAGGGCAUCUGCCUUCAUCAUAAACGCUUUUCAAAUCUAAUAAAUAGAUAUGUUGUAUUUCUUAUUC